AUGGCGAUUAAAACACAUAGUGCCGACUGCCAUGAUAUUAUUUAUCGUUUCAGUAGGUAAUUACAACUCACUUCACACAUAUUCAAGCUUAGGGGCCGAUUACAUGGAGGUUUUCAGCCCGGGUUGAAAUUUCAGCCCGGCAAACCAGGAUGAAAUUUCAGCCUGGGGCCCCUAUAAAUUCAAUAUAAAAUGAAUUUUACGAUUACAUGGGAAAAAUUUCAACCCGGGCUGAAUUUCAGCCCAGGUUGAAAUUUUCAUCCCGGUGUAUGUCACCCGGGAUGAGAUUUUCAGCCCUGUCAACCAGGAUGAAAUAUCCCAUGUAAUCGCAAAUAAUUUCAGCCCGGGCUAAAAAAACAAUCGUUUAAAUGGCUUUAUUUUGCGUUUCGUCUCAGCUUUCAUACUUUAUAUGCAACCACAGUCUUACACAAGUCAAAUAGUCGACUAAUCUGCGUAGAAACAUGGAGACGAGGCGUAGAAGCGUUGAAAAUCGAGCAAAAAGUGAACGAGGACGAAGUCGCUACGUGGAAUUCUCAAGUAGAGACUGAGCUAGAGAAAGCAGACGACGAUGUGAAGCACUUAGAGAAAUGGCAGGACGAUUGCAAACUGGAAAAGGAGAGAAAUGCUUUCGAAGAGAAAUUGAAAUACGAGGUAAAACUACAUGAAACUAAACUAAAACUCGAGUCCGGACAUCAAGCGAAGUUGGAAAGUGGAAGUUCGUCAAAGGAAAAAUAUGCCAAGCAAGUGGAAGCGAAACUACCAAAACUCAUGUCAAAAUUUGACGGAAAUUACAUGGAUUGGCAACGGUUUUGGGGUCAAUUCACCAAAUCGAUUGAAAAAUCUGGGUUAGCAAACAUUGCCAAAUUUUCAUAUCUGAGAGAACUUCUUGUCUUGGAGACAAUAGAGGGCCAUUUAUACGGAACAAAAUAAGUUGCGACUUACAUAAGACGCAACUUAAAUAAGCGGAUUUAUCGCAUAAAUGGUUCUCUACGGCUUUGGUCUUACUUAUUUGCUAUAGCUAUAAUGUUGUUUUGGUUGUUUUUGUUUUAAUAUGCAAGGCUAAUAAUUUUACGUUGUUUCAAGUUUCUGGCAUGUGUAGUUAGACUUUUUGCCCAAAAUUUCUUAUUUAAGAUGCGACUUAAAUAAGAACAGCUAAAAGACCUGUUCUUAUGUAAGACGCGUCUUAUCCAAGAUGCGUCUUACAUAAGAAUUUUGUACCUUUUAUACGACAAACUCGCGUUAUUAUUUUGUUCCGUAUAAAUGGCCCUAAUGUCAGACGUGAAGUUGAGUCCUUACCAUUUACAUCGGAAGGCUACAAUCGAACAAAGGCUAUAUUGGAGGAAAAAUAUGGCAAAGAAUCAGAGUUAGUGAAGUCUUAUGUGAAAUAAAUUUUGAGCUUACCAUACAUUUCGACAGCGAAUUCGAAGAAAAUUGCCGAGUUUAGUGACAAACUGACAUAUUGUUUCCAGUCCCUGCAGUCGCUCAAGAAGCUGGACAAAGUGAAGUGUCUUACUAUGGUUACCAUUGAAAAGUUGCCAGGUAUACGGGGUGAUCUUGUAAGAUCUGACAGUGAUUGGGAGACAUGGAAUCUUGAUCAGCUAGCAGAAGCAGUGCGUCUUUGGAUAUGGAGAAACCCAGUUGAUCAUAGCGGAGAUGAUGAUCAAACGAAGAAGCGUCGAGAACGAAAGAGAAUGUACCUCACCAAUUGA